CUUGUAUACAAAUAAAGAGGUCUUUUUGGACCAAAUUUUACAAAGUGUGUCUUGGAAUUGAAUGUCUAAAAUAAGUUCACACAAUGGGCGUCCAAAAAGAUUCAGCAGGACGGAAGGAAGUAAGAGUACCAAGAUGGUAUUUCGGAGGACUUUCGGCGGCUGGAGCUGCUUGUGUCACUCAUCCAUUCGAUCUGCUGAAAGUUCAAAUGCAAACUCAAAAGGGGAAAAUUUCCAUGUCUCAACUUAUUGGGACAGUUGUCAAAAAUGACGGUAUCCUAGGACUAUACAAUGGUAUAUCAGCCGCUUUGCUUAGACAAUUAACAUAUUCAACAGUUAGAUUUGGAAUAUAUGAAGUGUCUAAACAACAUUUCACACCCAAAGAUGGUAAGCCUAUUCCAUUUUACAUAUCUACACUUAUAGCUGGCGUGGGUGGAUUUGCUGGUGGUUUUAUGGGGAAUCCUGGAGAUUUAAUCAAUGUGCGAAUGCAAAAUGAUGUGAAACUUCCACCGGAGCAAAGAAGGAAUUACAAAAAUGCUAUACAUGGAUUAUGGAGAGUAAUUACAACUGAAGGCAUAACACGACUUUGGGCAGGCGCACUUAUGAAUUGUGGCCGAGCAGCUCUCAUGACAAUAGGACAAGUGGCAUUCUAUGACCAAAUCAAGUUACUACUUCUUUCCACUUCAUUUUUCCAAGAAAAUGUUGUGACUCAUGUCACGGCAAGUUUAUCAGCAGGAGCCAUAGCAACAACUAUAACCCAGCCUGUGGACGUCUUGAAAACGCGUGUAAUGAACGCUAAACCUGGGGAAUUCAAGGGUAUGUUGGAUGUUUUCACCAGUACUGCUAAGGAAGGACCACUUGCAUUCUUUAAAGGAUACUUUCCAGCAUUUGUUAGACUUGCACCUCACACUAUUUUAACAUUCAUAUUUUUAGAACAACUUAGAAUGAAUUAUGGUAUUAUCAAACAUACUUUUAUAUGAUUUUGUAGUGGUUUUAGAUGAUGUGGUGUUUUGGAGUAGAUUUUUAGAUGCAUUUAGUAUUUCAAUAUAAUUCGCACAUCUGAUCCUAUAAAAUGCUGAAACUUGUAUCAGAUUCUAAUGUACACUAUGUACUAAGCUGACUUGUGAAUCAGUAUGACCUGAUUAGUCAGGCCAUGAUUUGAUAAAUAAUUAUUGGUAAAAGUCAAUUUCCUAUACUUGGUUAAUCGUUUAGCUUCUUUAAAAGUAUAAUUAUUUAUUCUUAUUAAUAAUUUAAUGUAACUGGUCUAAAACAAAGACAUUUUAAUUUCUAUAUUGACUACUUUAAUGGAAGAUGGUCGACGCUUAAGUUCCUAGGGGCGUAAAAUAAAGUUCAACACACAAUUGUCUGUAAACUGGUAUAUUGGUGAUCUAAAAGCAUAAACAAUGUGCACAAUAUACAACAAAAACUUAAGAUUCGCGAUACACACACGAUGCGCUUGUGACACAGCAACGACGCGGAACUCGUUGUGACGUUACGCUCCUACGCAAGCGAACAGCUGUCAGUGGCGGGAAAGCGGGGGAAGAAUACUCGCUUUCAUAAUAAAAUUAUUAACAGCGUCUUCGUUUGUGCAAUCGAUAGCAUCAUAAACAUGAUAGAUAUCACGCGUAUUCCUUAUAUCACUUCAACGACGUCACGCUCAAGCGCAGUAUAUUUCUGCCGAAACCCGUCAGCAAGACCUACGGUACGUACGACCUUCCUAAAUAUCUCGCCAGCAUUUACAAGCAAAGCGUGCAGCAUAGGGCUCGCGAUAGAAUGUGUGACACCUGUUUCCAAUAUGGCCACACUCUUACGCUCAACAAAGUCAAUAUCUAUUAGCGGUUGCGAAUCAUCAUCGUUUACGCCUGCGAUAAGUAGGUACUAUAAAAAUCUACUGGAGAGCGCACUACUCCCAGCUAAUCACAUCCGUGCCAACGUAACUGAGAGUUACAUAUUAUUAUUACUAGAAGUACCUAUCAGGUUCUUCCUUCUUAUUACAACAGUUAUCAAAUGUAUGUCCGAAAAGUUUACAAAAUAAACAUUCCGAUCGCAUACGUUUUCGUACGUUGUUAAUAUUAUUUAUGUACGUUUGACGCGGAAGCCUGACGUAACACGGCCGCAUCGCGUAAACUUUAAUGACGAUUUCGAACCUACGAGUUCCGCAACGGUAUUUAAAACCGUAAGACGCUGGUGUGUCAGAACGGUCACGUUCAGUUUUGACAAUCUUCGGAUUAUGCUAUGUAAAAGAAAAAUA